AGACCAGGGAUGAAGACAGUGACACUACAGGAAGUGUCAGUCUGUAACGAGCACGCGCACAUCCUGCUGCACGUGAGUCAGAUCCAGUUCCUCACGAGCCUGGAGCAGAAUGAGUGCAGCGGGGGGGGGCUCGGCCCUGCGGGUCCACGCGGUGCGGCUCGGCCCGGGUCUGGAGCUGCUCGCCGCUCUGCAGGCGCUCGUGAUAGAGCGGCGACUUCAAGCGCCGUUCAUCAUCAGCUGCGUGGGCAGCGUCACCAAGGCAACGCUCCGGCUGGCCAACGCCACCGCGACCAACACAAACGAGGUGCUCCAGCUGAGCGGUCGGUACGAGAUCGUGUCCCUGGUCGGAACCCUGAACCCGGAGGCCCACCUCCACAUCUGCCUGGCGGACGCCGAGGGCAGGACGGUGGGGGGGCACGUGCUGGGGGGGCUGGAGGUGUUCACCACGGCCGAGCUGGUGGUCGGGGAGGCGCUGGACCUGCAGUUCACCAGAGAGAUGGACGUGCACACGGGGUUCCCCGAGCUCGUGGUUCAGCCGCGGGUCGGUUCUGAUCCAGAUGCUGAUCCAGAUGCUGAUCCAGAUGCUGAUCCAGAUGCUGAUCCAGAUGCUGAAGGAGUGAAGCACGAGGUGAUCAACAAUCUGUGUUUGUGAUCCAAGGUCAUUGGCUGUGAUGUCCAACCUGUAAACAAACACUGAAGAAUAAACACUGGCCUGUGGCCUUGUGGCUGCUCACUGAG